UACAAAAACCUUCUUCCCAUCGAGAGGUAAAAUAUCUUACUGAGGCAGCAAAGGGAAAACCGAUCGAAAGAGCAGAAGGAUCGAGGGCGAAGAACGAUGUCAGGAACCACAAAUAAUCAAGAUUCCACUGACAAGAAACCCGCCAUAGAUCCAGACCGCAUCGAUCUCAAGGUUAAAAGCCAGGAUGGGGGCGAGGUGUUCUUCAAGAUAAAGAAGAACACCCCAUUGAAGAAGCUGAUGAACGCCUACUGCGAUCGGCAGUCGAUGGACUUCAACGCCGUCGUUUUCCUGUUCGACGGCCGCAAGAUCCGCCCCGAGCAGACUCCGGUCGAGCUGGAGAUGGAGAACGGAGACGAGAUAGACGCAAUGCUUCAUCAAACCGGCGGCGGCUGCAUGCAACCGUGUUCUUAUUUUUGAACGGUGUAAUUUUUUUUUGCGAGUUUAAUUAGGUGUAAGAUUUAGCGACGGGUGUUUUUUUUUUAGCAACGGUUUUGCUGGAGAUGUACCUCUUGCUCGAGUUUGUGUGCUUUCAGUUAACUUUCGUAUACUGUCCUUCAAUAGCUAGUGGUUGCAGUCGCGGCUUAGGGUUAUCCCACCAGAAAACUAUCGUUGUCAUUUACGGUAGGAAUUGUCUAGGUAAUUAAAUCGCUCUAUCUAAAGCGAUCUGUGGCUAUAACAAGAUCUGUGUUCAA